AUGUCUAAAAGAGUGAAUUUGGUGCAAUCCUCAUCGCCAAUAAUGGAACUUCCACAAUUUAAAAGCUUAUCACAAUCAACCGGAAUGGAGGAUUCGUUUUUCAAUUUCCAGUGGCCAGUCAACUCCAUUGAUAAUCAACUCAGUUCAAUGGCAACAUUUGGAGAGAAGAAGACACAUGAUCAUCACCUUCAUGCUCAUGCACCUUUCUUUGAUGUGGAAUCAUCUUCAACACCCAUUAAAGAGCUCAAAAAUCACAGCAAUCACUUACCAUCAUCCCAAUUUGGCAACCAAAACUACUAUGUUUUCAACCAAGAUUUUCAAGGUAACAAUGAUGGUGGUGCAAAAAUGUCAUCUACAAGCAACAACACUAGAGUUACUCCAUAUCAAGAUCAUGUAUUGACUGAAAGAAAAAGGCGAGAGAAACUCAGACAACACUUCAUAGCCCUCUCUGCUAUACUCCCUAACCUCAAAAGGAUGGAUAAGGCUUCUGUUCUUGGAGAUGCAAUCGAGUAUACAAAGAUCCUACAAGAGAAAGUGAAGAUACUUGAAGAGCAGACACAAAACAAAGCAAACAUACAAUCAGUAAAAUUUGAGGUGGUGGUUGAUGGUGGUGAAAUUUCUUCAAGUGAGAAAAUCUCCGGUGUACCAGAAAAACUCCCGGAGGUAGAAGCAAGAUUUUCCGGGAAGAAUGUCCUAAUAAGAGUCCAUUGUGAGAAAAAAACAGGUGUUGUAGAAAAUACACUGGCUGAAAUAGAGAAGCUUCAUCUCUCCGUGAUCUGCAGUAAUGCCAUGAUCUUUGCGAAUUCUGCUCUUCAUAUAACCAUUAUUGCUCAGAUGGAUAGGGAUUUAAUCAUCACAAUGGAGGAAUUGGUAAAGAAACUACGGUUUGGAUUCAAGAAAUUCAUGUGAAUAUCUCAAAGUUGAGUUUUAGAAUAUAAAGAACAAAUGGAAAUCUGUGUUCUAGAAUACAAUUAUUAGUAAUUAGUGAGUUGUUCAUUUGAUUAUUUUUCUACAAAUUCCAUGUAAAAUGAAUAUAGUUCGAGUUCAUGUAUGUUUUAUAAUGCAUACAUUUGAAAUCAAAAUUUGAGAAUCC